CACGUUGGGUGGUGGGAGCCUCCACCCGGCAUGUGGACAGGACCACGGAUCCCAUCUUCAGGAAUGGUUUGCUGGUGUGGGUGGAGCAAUUGGCCAAAUCUAUCCUGGAGCUGGGAGCAGUCACAGCCCUCAUUCCAGGAAGGUUUUCCUGCCUCCAAAGCCGGGGUGCUUUUUCCCAGGCAGCCAGCUCCCUGCUGGACUCUGCUCUCCGUGUCCAAGCUGGGCUGGAUGGGUCCAACCACCCAGAGAUUCUCAGCCCGCUCCGGGAGCAGGUGCGGAGCACCAAGGCGGAAAAGGGGCUGGAGCUCAGCCCGUCCCACACUGGGACACGAGCCAGUACUGAUGAGGCAGCGUUCCAAGGAAAUAUCCAAAGUCAUCCAUCUUCACCACCAGCUAACCCCCACCUGGAUCCAUGGAAAGGGGAUACACACCCUGUCAUCACAGCUCUCCUGGGAGCAUCCCAGGCCGGUGACAUGGACACUGUCCAUGCUGCCAGCUCCGUCCUGCUGGAGCUCUCUGAUGGAUAUGUGGAAGCAGCACGGGAAGCAGUGCCUGUGGCUGAACCCCCCCAGCUGCAGGUGCUGGAGCAGCACUGGGAUAUCAAAGCACUUACCCCAGGGAUCAUCAGCCUGGCCAUGGAAACGGCCCCUGGGCAGCUCCCUGCUCCAGGCAGGCUUCUCCAAAUGGCACUCAGGCUCUCGGGAAGGAUCCAGGAGACUCGGGAGUGCCUGGCAGCUGUGGCAGGCUCUUGGAAUGGUCUGGCCCAGCAAGUGCUUGGAUUUAUCCUGUCAGGUGACUUUCCAAGAGGGAAGCAGGCUUUGGAUGAGACCCUGCUGGGUUUAGCAGGAGCAGUGCAGGUGGCAGGAGGCAUUGCAAGCGCAGCCUGCAGUAGGGAAAAUCCUAAUCCCUCUCAUAUCCAGGAGAGCUUUCUGCAGCUCCAAGCCAAGUUUUCCCAUGCUCAGCUGAACACCAAAGGGUUCCUGGAGAAGGCAGUGUCCUUCAGGGAAUCCUGUGGGAUGGAAAAGGCCAUGCUGGAGCUGCACGGUGUCCGGUGGGCCAUUGGCAUGCGUAUCCUGCUGGAUGCCAUGGAUCAGUUCGUGGGCAGGGAUGUCCUGUUCGUGAGGGAGCUGAGCAGAGCCGUGAGGAGCAAGGUUUGCCCACGGAGCCUCCUGGCUGCUGUGGCUGAGAAUUCCCUCAGGUUGCAGGAGGCUGCCUGGCUCUCCUACUUAUCCUGCCCUGGAGACCACGAUGCCAGAGAAAUCCUGGCGCUCCGGGAGGAGAUCCAGGUGUUCAUGGAAGCACUGCUGGAUGUGUCCAACACCCUCCUGCUCUCCCCACUGCCUACUGCCAGCCUGGCCACCCGCUUCGAGCUCCUGCAGAGGGACGUGGCCCUCAGGGCCAAGGCGUUGCUGCUCCACAUGGAAAGGGUCAACAAGGAACAGCUGCAGCUGAUCCAAGACGUGGUUGGAGCAGCUCUGUCCAACCUCACCCCAGAGGAGAGGCAGAGGAGCAAAGAAGGCUUUGAGGAGAAGGCAAAUCAGCUCAUGGCUGAUGUCCAGAGGGUCAGAAACACCCUCCAGGGUGCUCUGGGGGCCGGUGCUCAACUUACAUCCCAGCCUGACCUGCUAUCCGUGGCUGACCACCUCCUGCUCCUCACAGCUGACGUGGUGGGAAGCGCCCGGCGGCACUUCCAGAGCCACCAGGACCCUGGGGAUUCCUGCCAGGACCCUGGGGAUCCCUGCCAGGCCGCUGGGGAUCCCCACCUGGAAGGCAUGGUGUGGUACUGGUCGGCCAAGGCUCACUACCUUGUCACACAGCUCUGGGUUAUCCAUGGAAUUGACAGGGACACCCUGCGGUGCCUCACAGAAUGCCUGCAGCGGGAACGCUGCCCAGGAUCACCCAGCAGCACAGCUGGACUCUCCCCAGCCCCAGAGCCCCCUGAGGCAGCAGGAAUUCAUCCAUGCAGGAGCAGAGGAGAGAGUGGAGCUGUGCAGGAAGUGCGUGAACUGAAACAUCCAGGUGGAGGAGAGCACUCGGCAUCGCUGUGUCCACACAUUCCAGGUCUGGAAUCUGCUCCAUUACUGCCCCGGCAGCACCAGGAUGGCCCUUGCAGCACCUGCCCUGCAAAGCAGGAGAGAGCAAACUGUGACAAGCGGCAGGGUGGCCCCAGCAGGGUGUCCCAGGUGACCCAGGACAUGGCCACGAGGAGGCUCCACAUGGCUCAGUUCCUGCGCAGGAAGGGCCCCAUUGCGAGCAAGGAGCAGUUUGUUGCAUGUGCCAGACAAAUGAUUUCCGAUGGGCAGGUGGUUGUUAAGUUUGGGAACAUCCUCGCCAAGCACUGCCUGGACCAGAGAUGCUCCAUGGAGCUGCUCCGUGCCACUGAGCACGCCCAAUCCAUCAGCAGCCAGCUCGGCAUCGUGGCCAGGGUGAAAGCAGUGACUGGGGAGAGCAGGGCCUCCUCUGAGCUGCUGCUCAGCAACGUGCAGAACCUCCUUCAAGCAGUGCAGCACGUCCUGAGGGCGGCCGAGGCGGCCUGUGUCAAAGGUUUGGGACAACCCCCAGCAGACCCUGAAGAAGAAGAAGUUGCUGCUUUCUGCCAGCAGUGGAGGAAAAACCUGACACAGCACAGAGCCAAGGAGGCCUUAAAUUCCACCCGGGAUGAAUUAGGGCUCCGGAAAACUCGAGGGGCAAAGGCUGAGCCCACCCUGAUGUCUCUGGUGCAAGAGCAACCCCUACGGAGCAGGAAUAUCCCAAAGCAUCCCAGUCCUAGGAAAGGACACACAGUUAUGGACAGACAUCUGUAAAUCCAGAGGGGCUGCUUGUCCCAGUGCUGUUGGAAGCAAAGGAGGAAUACUUUGCAGUGUGCAGGAUUCAUGUUGGAGUUUUUCAUUGCAGCAGGAAAAUCUUGGAACAGGCUCCGAGGGGAGGCCAGGAAUCUUCUGGUGAGUGUUUUACCCCCAGGUGGUGAGAUGGGAUGGACGGGGCUCUGGAGAAUCCUGAUCCAGUGGGAGGUGUCAGAGGUAUCCCUGCCCAUAGCAGGCGGUGGAAUGGGAUGAAUUUAAGGUCCAUUCCCACCCAAACUAUUCCAGGAUUCUGUGAUCCAGAGAUGUUCAGGCUUUGUCACAUCUUUCAGCCUUUCCUCCUUCACACAUCCAGGGAUACAGCAGUGGGGAGUGUUUUGUCUCACCUGCUGCCCCUGAGCCUGCAGAUUCCUUCCCAAAAUCCCACUCAGCCCCAGGAUUCUCUGCUAUCCAGAGUAAACAUUCACUUCCCAAGAUCACCCACCUCACAGCUUCCAGAGUAUCCCAGACUGGUGACACUGCUGCUCCUGUAUCCUGCCUCUCCACAUCCAUCCUUCCAGCCUCAGGAUCACGAGUUGUCCGAUGGAAACACUGCUCCAUGCUGGAAUCCUGCAGGAGAGGUGGAAGGGAGCCUCCCCUGUGGAAUACACAAUCCAACACCACAGCAGAUCACAAGUGGCUCCGUGGUGGCUGCAGCCCAUCCCAGCCCACCUUGGUGUCCCACCUGCAUCCCAACCCCCUUCCCCAGCCCAGGAAUUCCAUUACGUGCGUGGCAGCAAGGAAUCUCCUCCAUAUUCCAAGAAAAAGCAGCAGCAGGCACACUGGAGACUCUGGGAAGCAAUCUGCAAUGGAUAAAGCAGGGCAGGGGAGGAGGGAGGCAGGAAGGAAGGAAACACACAAGGAGACAGCAGGCUGUGAGGACUCACAGGCCUUUGUAUCCAUGUCCUAUUCCCACACUAUUUUUCCCUGCUUGGUUUUUUGAGGAAAACCUUGACCAGCCACACCAGUGAGUAGAAGAAGAAAUAACAGGCUACUAAUAAAGGACUAAUGGGUUACUCCAAAAUAACAACCCAGUUCCAUGUCUAUUCUCUACGUUUGCUACACAAAAAAAUAAUAAAAUUAAUGGAAUCCAUGCUCUGGCAAAUCAGGAAGGCAAAGGGAAACCAGGAAUGCCUUGGGAGAUGCUUCUUCUGCUGUGCAGGAAUCACAGGCUUCCCUCGGCUCAUCCAUGCAAGGCAAAACCUCAGAAUUUGGGAUAAACACUCUGCUGUACCAAUGGAAACACCACUUGGCCAGCAGACAAGAGGAAAAGGUCCAUGACCAUCACUUGGCCAAGGGAAAAACAAGAGGAAAAGGUCCACCAAGGAAGAGACUUAAAGCAGAGAAAGCUUCCAAAGGGUGGGAAGCAGAUGACUGAUUGAGAGGCUGGCACAUUUUUAUUGGAAAAGCAGCUGCCUAGGAAUGACUGCACUUCCUCUGGAGAAAAAGCAGCCCCAGAGGCUGGAGGACAGUUGUGCUCUCCCAUGCAAAACCUGGGGAAUUCAUGACAUGCAGGAUGUUCCAUGAUGGAAAAUGCCAACUCUCUCCAUGAGACCUAGGGAUCAGGUACAAGGUUAUGUUAAAACCCCACAAACCAUCCCAAAAAUCCCAGCUUUAGUCCCCUCCUCCCAGCUGCCACCGUAUGCACACCGAGUCGUCACCAGGAAUUAACUGUACCCUUUU